AUCGGCGCCACUAAGUCUAGCCUUCGUUUUCAUUCUUAUGUGUGUCUUGUCCUCUGUGAUAAUAAAACAGAUUUCAGUUUGUCGUAGGACGUUCGAUAGAGUCGUUGUUCAUUUAACAUUUCACGAGUGUUGAGAUUUUCACUAAAAAGUUAAUUUGAAUAACAAAAAAAAGAGUUCAGAGCGAUGGUUGCAGUUCCAACAGUUAGAACAUUUCUGGGAUGUGUCGAUUUGAGGGUUGCUUGCCUUGUUAUUGCAGCCAUUCGGUUGGUGAUAUCCGUCGUUGCGCUCGUAGCACUACUUUUAGUAUUUUUAAUUACGGAAGAUGCUGCGGUCGAAGCUAGUAAUGAGGCAAAAGAAGACGACAAAACAGCGUACGGAUUUUUGGAAUUUAUGAUUGCUGUUUACUCCGCAAUUUUGGCUGUUGUCUUAAUUACAAAUUUGCUCGUCACCUAUUGGUUCAUACAGGGUGUGACUUCGAACAAACCACAAAAAAUGAAGUACUACUUGUGGCUGGAACAAGUUCUCAUUGUUCUGCUUGUGUUUGCCUUUGUCUACCGUCUGUAUCGCGUCGAUUUUUUGAUCGAGGCUCUGGCCGAGUCGUAUGUUUACAUCUGUUCCAAUUCGCUGUAUCAAGAAUGCCUGCUAGGCCAAUACAAUGAGAAUGCCGAGAAUGCAACCGAAAACACUGUAAUGAAAUUCGACAAUGUUCCACCACCAGAUCCAGUAUACAGCACAUAUGACGAACAGACGCAACCGGCACAAAAUUCUAAUCCUUUUAAGGAAUAAAAGUGGUUAUUGGUUAUACCUACCCGAGUCGAGUCCAAGGAAGUAAGUGAUCAGUGAUCAUCCAUGAAUUACGUGCCGCUUCUUCAGGGCUGUUAUCACAAUUGAAUCUUUAAUAACUCCAAAAAUACGAGCUCGACGAAGUCUUAAUGAAGUCAUUUAUGAACACAUGCAAAGAGUUUGCCCUUAACGUCUGCUUCGAAUUCCACCAAUUUCACACUGCAUCGUAAUCCUAUAAGCCCCUUUGUACUUUGUACAGGGCUAAAAAUCAAUGAGCGAGUAGCAAAGUUUAAUUAUUCUCUUCUUGAUUGUCCUUGCUUUUGUCAAAUUCAACAGAUCAAAGUCUGUUAGGAAAUGAAAACAAGCAUUUGAUCAAAGCACUUCAAGCAUAAGUUGUACUCUGAACAGAGCACUGAAACUGGACGGCAUACAAAUUUUGGCACUGUAAGAAAUGUGGCCAAAAUUUUCAUACAAAAUAGUUUAUUCAAAAUAUUUGACAGCUGUCACUCGAAGCACUUUUGCUGGAAGUGCAUUGAUUUGAUCAAAGAUCGAACCUCUUUGCAACUUUUUUGAGUGGUUUACCCCUCGCUAUUUAUGGAGUUAUUGAAGAUUUUAUUACAAUGGCAGCACUGAAAAAGCGUUACGUAAUUUAUGAAUGAUCCCUCAAUUGAUUGGUUCUUAAUGAAAAUCAUACUCUGUUCCUGUGGACUUAAAAGUAACUAAAUAUAACCCACUCGUCUUUCAUUGUAAGGUUGAAUUUACAGUUGUCCGUUUUCCCUCCGUUUACGUGGCGUUUCUAUUGUUUAAUUGACUUUGCAUGGCUUUAAUUCAACUGUCAAAAAACGCACGACUGUGAAUUCAACUUAACUGAAAGUCGUAUUAACGCCGUAAAUGCGCCUCAGAAUUUUAAUUCUGAGUGAUAAUCAGUCGACGAACAAAUGAAUCGACAAAUAAAUUUCUUCGCACUCCGUGAAUAAUGACAUCUAAAAAGCUGCGUUUGAUUAGGCUUUGACAUUUUUAAUUUUAAAAUUUAAGCGGACCUACGGCGUCAAUUCUAUGGAUUUGUUCAAGUUUGAACUUUAUGUUAUAACCGUGUUUAAUAAAGAAUCUAUAAAGCUCUAAAACUAAAAUUAUCCGCUUUCCAUGUUGAAUUCUGUAUUGGUGUAUUAAAAAUGUUUUAUUA